AGGUCACACAACAUGGAAUGAAUCCUAGACAAGAGCGGCACCAGAAGAAAGGGAGACGUGCUACUCGCUGGGACAAUCCAUUGCCGCCUGUAAAUAGUAGCCAGAUGACUUCAGGAAAGUUUGCAGAAGAAGCCACACGUAUCCAGAACCGUUAUACAAUUGAGAAUGCUUCGGGGAUCUUAGCAAGCUUUGGCUUAUCUGAUGAAGACUUGGAGGAACUUAGUCGGUAUCCGGAUGAUCAGCUGACGUCAGAAAACAUGCCUUUAAUUUUGAGGGACAUCCGAAUGCGCAAAAUGACUCAUCAGUUACCAAGUUUACCUUCUCAGAGCACAGAAAAGGAAAUGUUUCACAGUGACGAUGGUUGUGGUACCAUGGUGAAGUGCAAGGUAAUCGAUUACGGGCAUAAAAGCAAGUUUGAAUAUACUGAAACUCCUCUUGAGGUCAAAGACUACAAUUCUGAUGCAUCAACUGAGGGGAGCGUGAAAGGAUUUUCCAACACAGUGUCUUCGGCGCUCUCCGGUUUAACCAGUAGUCAAAUGAAUGCGGUAGAAGAGCUGAUACGAAAGAUGGGAUUCCAGAGAAGCACAUCAAGUACACAGUCCUUUCCCCCCAUGGAUGCUUCCAACAAGGGGCCAGGGGAAGGCCUCCCUCCAGCAGGAGCCGGGAUGCCUCCUCCUUUUGGUGUGGUGAAAGCCUCUUGGCUACCAGUUAUUUCACAGGCAGAUGCCCAGAAGCUGAAGAAAUUGCCAACUCCGUCGAUGAUGCAUGAUUACUAUGCUGCAUCUCCAAGAAUAUUUCCACAUGUGUGUUCUCUCUGUAAUGUAGAAUGUGGACAUUUGAAGGAGUGGAAUCUGCACGUGGGCACUACUGCACACUCCGAGAAAUGUGAUCAGCUACGCCAGCAGCAUCCUGACUGGAAUGCAGAAGACAGCUCUUUGUUACAGAGACAUGAAGGUGACAAGAAGGAAAAACAUAUUGCAAUGCCAUGCUCUGGCAGUUCUAACCCGAACGGUUCACAACACACAGUCCCUGGCCAUGCCUCAAGUCAAACGCAGUCACGAUGUAGGAGCCCUGGGUCCCACAGCAGAAAACGGUCACGAUCUAGGAGUUCUGAACGUUGCAGGAGAAAACGGUCACGAUCUAGGAGUUCUGAACGUUGCAGGAGAAAACGGUCACCAUCUAGGAGUUCUGAACGUUGCAGGAGAAAACGGUCACCAUCUAGGAGUUCUGAACGUUGCAGGAGAAAACGGUCACCAUCUAGGGGUCCCAGAUGUAAUUCCAGGUCUUCAAAGCAACCAAGCUCCCCCCGCUCGAGUUCUCAAAGCUCUUCUAGCCGGAAGAGAGAACCGAGAAGAUCAACUAGAUCUCCAGCGUUGUCUGCAGAAGCUGGAAGCUCCAGGCAACCUCCAGCCAAAUCUGAUGUGGCAGAAGAACCACCCAAGAAGUUGGAUGCCCAGAAGCUGAAGACAUUGCCAACUCCGUCGAUGAUGAAUGACUACUAUGCUGCAUCUCCGAGAAUAUUUCCACAUGUGUGUUCUCUCUGUAAUAUUAAAUGUAGACAUUUGAAGGGCUGGAAUCUGCACGUGGGCACUACUGCACACUCUGAGAAAUGUGAUCAGCUACGCCAGCAGCAUCCUGACUGGAAUGCAGAAGACUGUUCUUUGUUACAGAGACAUGAAGGUGACAAGAAGGAAAAACAUAUUCCACUGCCAUGCUCUACCAGUUCUAAACUGAACAGUUCACAACCACCUAACAAGUCAGAAAAUCCACUGCAGACAAAUCACGGCCAUCAGGAGCUGGAAAAGAAGGAGGCAGCAACCCAGGAACAAGGAGACCGGCAACAUGAAGAUCGGUUGAGCUUGGCAUUGAGGCCUCUUGCAGAACAAAGUGUCAUGCAGGCCCUGUCGCUGCUCCAGUCUGAAGGCACAGUGGGUGCUGGACUCGCCGAAGGAACGAGCUCGCCCCCACUUCCUUCUGUGCAGAUCAAUUCAGCAUCCCUAUCCCUUGUAUCCAUGAUUCAGCUGGUUGCAACACAGGUGGUGCAAGCUGCAUUAGCCUCCAAGGAGACCUCAGGUGUGCAGGAAAGCCCAAGUGCGGCUGGCCCAAGCUCCCCGUUAAGUAUUGCUGCAGGAAGUGAAGAAAAGAAGCAGGAGAGCAGUCAGGAAGUGGUGCCAGGAGUUGCUCCUUCUUGCUCAGGUGAGGAAUUGUUGGGAAAGGGGCUGAGGGUGGGUCUGGCUGUAGAGGGAAGUUGUUCUGUGUUGGAGGUCUCCGUCAAGAUUUGCAUUGGUGAUAUAAUGGAAGAGAAGCUUGCAUGUGUAGCACAAAUCCUGCUCAAGUUGAGGACUGCCCUGAGAUCCAUCCGGCUUCUCUGGUAGUGGUGAACACACCUGUGCUGUUGCUUCUAGGGUGCAGGAAUCUUGUCUGCAGUCUGUUGGUCCGGCCAACUGGUUCCUUUUGUGGCAUACAAAAUACACAAUGGUAUGUGAUUUUACUGAUUUAUGGCUACAUUUCUAUCCUCCAAUGAGCUCAAGGUGGCAUACAUGGUUCUCCCCCUCCUCAUUUCACCCCACAACAACC